AUGCUCAGGCGAAUACUUCAAAUGACUCCUGGUAAAGGAGGCUCCCAAACUGCUGAGACCGAGCAGCCGAGCACCGAGCAGAACCACGACCAGACCUCUGAGGGCUUCAUCUGUCCCCAGUGCAUGAAGUCUCACAACACGGCAGAGGAACUCUUCAAACACUAUGACCUGUUCCAUGACACCGGGGACCUGCCCGCCCACAUGGCGCCCACACGGGAAGACCUCACGAUGCUGCGACAGGAAGUGCAGGAUCUGCACGCUUCUCUCAAGGAAGAACGAUGGUUUUCUGGAGAACUCAAGAAAGAACUGGACAAAGUUCAAGGACAGCUGAAGCCAACUGAUGUGCCGGAGGAUGAGGCGCUCACACGGAAACUCAACCAAGCUGAGACCGAAAAGUUCAACAUCACACAGAUGAAAGACCUGUUUGAGCAGAAGGCUGCUCAGCUGGCCACAGAGAUAGUGGACCUGAAGUGUCGGUACGAUGAGGAGAGGAGCCUGAGACUGGCGUCCGAGCAGAGGCUGGAGAGACUGAGUGAGCAGCUGCAGAAGGAGAUGGCCCAGAACCAGACGCUCCAAACUGAACUGCUGCAGCGUCCUGGUGUGGAGGACGUGGAGCUGCUGCAGAAGGAGCUGAUCCAGGUUCAGACGUUGAUGGAUCAAACGACACGAGAACGAGAAAACGAGUCUGAGAGAAUCAAGGAACACUACGAGCAGCUGCAGGCCAACUACACCACCGCCGAGGCAGUGCUUAUGGUGAGGCAAGCUGAAGAGGUAGCACAACAGAUAACCCAGCAAGAGCAGCAGGCUCCACUGGCGGUGCAAGCAGUGAAACAAAAGAGGUUCGUGAAGAAAGGAGGGAAACCGCAGGGAGAGAGGAGCGGAGGACAGCGGCACGGCUACCAAGGGGAGAGCAAGUGCAAUCGAGAUACAGCAGUGGAGAUGGGGCUGGUUAAGCGAGUACAGCAGGUGAAGGCAGCAGCCGUCCACCAGGGCACGAUGAAGACCGACCCGGUGAAGAUACACCUACGUGACGACGCCGUGCCACACGCCGUACACACAGCCAGGAGAGUCCCACUGCCACUCCUUUCGAAAGUCCAAGCUGAGCUACAGCGCAUGGAGGAACAUGGCGUGAUUGUCAAAGUGACACAACCGACAGAAUGGUGCGCGCCAAUGGUGCCAGUCCUGAAGCCGUCAGGCGCCUUCAGAAUCUGUGUAGGGCUCCAGAAGCUGAAUGAGAACCUGAAGAGAGAAACUUACCAACUACCUACCACAGAUGAGACGCUGGCUAAGCUGGCGGGCUCCACCAAGUACCUGGUUGGCAUGGACAAAUUUAGACUCAUAACAGAUCACAAGCCGCUGGUACCGCUGAUAAACAGCAAAGACCUAGACGCGGUGCCUGUUAGGUGUCAGAGACUUUUGAUGAGGCUUAUGCGCUUCAAUGCAAAGGCCGAGUACGCACCGGGCAAAACGUUGGUCAUAUCCGACGCACUGUCACGCAGCCCGCUGAAGGAGAGCUACAGCACUACGGAAGCAGUCAUUGCGAGCCACGUGAACGCAGUGACACACAGCUGGCCUGUCUCACAAAGCAAGCUGGACCGGAUCAGGACAGCCACGCAGGAGGACCCACAGCUCCAGCACGUGAGAAAGCUGAUCAGGGAUGGAUGGCCCAAACGAACGCACUCAGCGCAGAGAGCAGUUACUGUCAACACCCCUGCCUGA